CGAGGUGGCGGGCUUCAUGCUCCGUGUCAACCUCGCCAACUUGCUCUCGCUUUCACUCUGAGCUCGCCUGGACAGCAAGACCUCCAUACUCCUUCACCAACGAGUCGCCAUCAUGUCUACUACAUGUACUCAAGUCGCCGCGUCCGUUCUUCACGGCGCCAAAGACCUUCGCCAAGAAACACGCGAGCUGCCCACGCCGGCUCAUGACGAGGUCCAGAUCGCAGUCCAGUCUACAGGUCUCUGCGGCUCUGACCUCCACUACUUCAACCACUACCGCAAUGGCGACAUUAUCGUGCGCGAGCCCCUCACCCUGGGCCACGAGUCUGCCGGCACAGUCGUGGCUACAGGUGCCUCAGUCACAGACCUCGCCGUCGGGGACCGCGUCGCUCUCGAAGUAGGCCUGUCAUGUGAGAAAUGCGAGUACUGCUCUUCGGGACGGUACAACAUCUGCAGAGGCAUGAAGUUUAGGAGCUCGGCCAAGGCAAACCCUCACGCGCAGGGCACACUACAGGAAAAGAUCAACCACCCCGCAAGAUGGUGUCACAAGCUGCCUCCCGCUCUCUCACUCGACCUUGGCGCGUUGAUGGAACCCCUCUCCGUGGCGAUGCAUGCGCGCAAUCGUGCUGCGCUCGAUCCUUCCACUACGUUACUCGUGCUGGGCGCUGGUGCCGUGGGUCUUCUCGUCGCAGCCGUGUCGCGGGCAGCCGGCCACGAGAAGAUUGUCAUUGCGGAUAUCAACAAGGACCGGUUGGACUUUGCAGUGAACAACGGCUUUGCCGAUGUGAGCGUCGUCGUGCCCAUGGCGAGGCCGGAGACCGUCGAGGACAAGCUAAAAUACGCCAAGGAGGUCGCUGGGCUCGUCGGGGACGCAGAGAUCAGGGGCGAGAAGGUGGGCGAGGUGGGCGCCGUCUACGAAUGCACCGGUGUCGAGACGUGCCUGCAGGCGUCCAUCUACGCGACCAAACCUGGCGGCAGGAUCAUGAUCAUCGGCAUGGGCACACCCGUCCUGACCCUGCCCAUCUCGGCGGCCGCCCUGCGCGAAGUCGACUUGGUGGGUGUUUUUCGCUACGCGAACACCUACAAGGAGGUCAUCGCCAUGCUGUCGAAUCCGCCCAAGGCGAUGCCGGAUCUCACGAAAAUGGUGACACAGCGGUUCAAGGGCAUGGACAAGAUUAAUGAGGCCUUUGCCAUGGCUGGCAAGGUCAAGGACGACGAGGGGAAUCUGGUCCUCAAGGUCGUGGUGGACAUGUCAUAGAAGCUACCAUACAUCUUUUUGUCCGGUAGUGACGCCAGCUGAGGGAAACUGGCAUAAUCUUGAGUCGCAUAUAAUUGACAAAUGCCAAGAGCAUCGAAAAGAGUCUAUUGCUUUUGUAGAGAACGCUGUCUAUGACUUGUCGGGGAACCCAAAUUCUACGCCAAAGGGCGGGUAUACGUAGCGCUUCCACUCCUUCUUGGCCACAAUGUCGGCCGAAUAGUCGUCCAGCAGCUUCAGCUCGUCCUUUUCGAGAGCCACAAGGUUCUUGUUGGCGUCGAUGCGGUCGGGGUUCACAGACUUGGCCAGCACAGUGUGGCCACGGGACACUAGGUC